GCAGAAACAUGCAGGCCAAGUUGUACAUUUUUAUCUCUCUGGGAUUGCUGGCCACGGUCCAGGCUCUCAGCGAUCUAGCCACGGAUGUUAGGCGAUGCUCUGACGACAAACCCUUCCCGCUGGAGGUUCGUGUCGACCGUUGCAUCACGCCGCCCUGCUACAUUAUAAAGGGUUCAACGCAGUAUUUCGAGAUCGACUUCGCCGUGGACAAGUACAUCACCAGCAUGAAGGCCAAGGUUAAGGCCACCACCUUGGGUAUCAUCACAGUGCCCUACGAGCUGCCGCCAGAGGUGGCUGCCGUGUGCCCGAACCUCAUGUUUGGCGCCUACUGCCCGCUGUACCCCACCGAGGAUGUCACCUAUCUGUUUGCCUUUCCCAUUGGCGAGUACCCGGAGAUUGGAGUGAAAGUGGAGAUCUCUCUGGUGGAUCAGGAUGAUGAUAUUGCCACCUGUUUUGUGUGUGACAUCAAGGUGGUCAAGGGCAAUGUCAGUGGCAGCUGAAAACCCCAAGUAAAACUCGAGCAAAUUCUCUUUCAUUCAUUGGCCUUAAAUUCUGUGAUACAUUUUGCAUCUGUAAGCAAAAAUAAACCCCACCAGUUUGGCACAAAUUAAUCCCCAA